AUGUCUACCUCUGUAAUCGAAGAGUGUGAUUAUGUUGUAGUAGGUGCUGGGUUCCAUGGGCUUGCCACAGCAAAACAAUUACAUUGCACACAGCCUGACCGUACCCUGUUGAUAUUUGAAGGCCAAUCUACCCUGGGUGGCAAAUGGGCCAAGAAUAGGCUCUUCCCAGGUCUAAAGAGUAAUAAUCUCUUAGGGACAUAUGAAUACCCCGACUUUCCCAUGACUGCGGAUAGGUUCGACGUUAAUCCGGGCGAACAUAUUCCUGGAGAGGUAAUUAACACUUACCUCGAAGCGUAUGCCGAAGAAUUUGGCAUCGCUGAUUUCAUCAGGCUUGAAACCACAGUCCUUACUGCGGAACACCAGGACACAGCUGAAGGCGGGUGGAUUCUGACGAUCAAGCAACGUAAUCAACAACAAACGACCAAGGUUCUGGCUCAUAAGCUUAUCAUUGCCACUGGAUUAUUGUCGGAACCUUUCAUGCCAAAAUUUAACGGACAGGAUAAAUUCGAUGGGAAGAUAUUUCACACCAAGGACUUCCCGAAAAGCUUGGAUACGUUGAAAGCAAAGACCGUUACUGUCUUUGGGGCUGGAAAGUCUGGAUGGGAUGCCGUAUACCAAUAUGCCCUGGCCGGCGUCAAAGUAAAUUGGGUCAUUCGAUCGAGCGGUCAUGGUCCUGUAUGGAUGGCGCCUCCAUAUGUAACGCCGUUUAAGAAGUGGAUCGAGAAACUUGCGAACACCCGCUUUCUUACCUGGUUCAGCCCGUGUAUCUGGGGUGAUGCUGACGGUUAUUGGGGAAUCCGGUAUUUCUAUCAUCGGACCGCGAUUGGUCGCUUUCUAGUAGAUCGCUUUUGGAAUAUACUCAGCCAGGAUGUCAUUACGCUGAAUAAACUCGACUCUCACCCGGAUACAGCCAAGUUGAAACCUUGGCUUCACGUCAUGUUCACGGGAUGCAGUUAUAGCAUUCUCAACUACGAGCAGGACUUUUUCGAGCUCGUUAAGAGUGACAAGGUCGACAUUCAUAUCGGGGAGAUCGUCCGGUUAAGCCCAGGAAAAGUUCAUCUUGCUGAUGGUACCGAGUUCGAAUCUGAGGCGUUUCUAGCGAAUACGGGCUGGAAGCAUGUGCCACCUAUCAAGUUCCUUCCAGAGGGGAUCGAAAAAGAUCUUGGAACUCCCCACGAGGUCUUAGAAAAUGCGCCUGUACAAGAUCUAGCAAACAACCAUAUGCUUCUAGAACGAGCUGAUAAGGAGAUCCUGGAACGCUUCCCGAGACUCAAAAUACAGCCAGUAUGGAACAAGAAUUUCGUUCCCCUCAUAGACCAGAAAGGAAUCAGCACUGGUGAAAAAUCUCGUACACCCCUGACACCAUAUAUGCUACACCGCUUUCUUGUCCCUGCGUCUCCUCGCUUCCUUCGCCCCCGGGAUAUAGCAUUCGUAGGCUGUCAAGCCAAUUUAAGCAACGUCAUUACUGCUCACAUCACAGGGCUCUGGGUCAGCGCCUACUUUUCAGGAAAAUUGACAAGGGAUCCUUCAAAGGUCAUCGACGAUAAGGCGGAGAUGGAGAAGUUGCAAUAUGAGACCGUGCUGCACAAUAGAUUCGGCAGGUGGCGGUAUCCCACCGAGUGGGGGAAUAAAGGCCCAAAUUUUAUCUUUGAUGCCGUCCCUUAUUUCGACUUACUUCAACGAGACCUCGGACUGGAUCCGUUUCGGAAGAGUAAUGCUCUUACAGAGAUGUAUGAUUCAUAUGGGCCGGAGGAUUAUCGCUAUAUUAAUGAAGAAUGGCUGGAAAAGCAAGCUCAAGGAUCUAGCACGGAGGGGUCCGUUGAUUGAACAGGACUUCACUUUAUUCGCGCCGUGCUAGGGCUGGUAGCAUCGUUUCCGUCAACGAAGUUGCUACGAAUUUAGAACGUAUACCUAUAUUGCUUUAGGCGUUACUGGAUUAGAUUAAGAGUACUCUAGAUUAAUAGCCAUUUUAUGAGCCUGCUAGAGAUCGACGUAAUCGAAGUGAUCUAUACGCUUUAGUAACAGCUCGACUAU